GGUUCAUGCCGGGGCAGCAGUUCAGCAGCUGCAGCGCUGCAGACCUGUCCAUCAGCCUGCUGCAUGGGGGGGGCAUGUGUCUCUUCAACGUCCCCCAGCCAGACCGCCUGCUGGGGGGGCCGCGCUGCGGGAACCUGUACGUGGAGAAGGGGGAGGAGUGUGACUGUGGCCUGCUGGAGGAGUGUGAGGACCCGUGCUGUAACGCCUCCUCCUGUCUGCUGCUUCCUGGAGCUCAGUGUUCAUCUGAUGGGAUCUGCUGUCACAACUGCAAG